AUGUCUGAAUCUCGACAAGAGUUGUUGGCAUGGCUCAACGAAGUCACAAAACUUGGUCUUUCAAGGAUUGAGGAUUGUGGAAAAGGCUACACUAUGCUUGUAAUUAUUGAUUCUAUUUAUCAAGAUGUCCCUUUAAAAAAGGUCAACUUUGAUUGCAAUAAUGAUUAUCAGUACAUAAACAACUGGAAAGUUCUUCAACAAGUAUUUUUAAGGAAAGGAAUUGAUAAAGUGGUCGACCCAGAACGUCUUUCGCGCUGUAAAAUGCAAGAUAAUUUAGAGUUUGUUCAAUGGGCAAAGCGUUUUUGGGACCAAUAUUACCCUGGUGGUGAUUAUGAUGCUUUGGCUCGUCGUGGUGGACGCGGCCUGGUACAACAUGGUGCGUCUCCUAAUGCUCCUAGAAGAAGACAAGUCUCAUCUGGAAGUACUGUAAAUCCAGCCCCUCGCUCUAGCUUAAAUGCAACAAAUGCUCCCAACAACAACACCGCCGCUGUACUUCGUGCCAAGCAAGCACAACAACAGAUCACCAACUUGGAGGGCCAACUUACAGAGGCCAAUGAAACCAUGUUUGCAUUAGAGCGCGAAAGGGACUUUUAUUUCAAUAAAUUACGCGAAGUAGAAAUCCUAGUCCAAACACAUCUGAGUGCAGAGCCAAUGUCACAUGAAACUAUGCUGGAAAGAAUACAAGCAAUUUUAUAUUCUACUGAAGAUGGUUUCGAGCUUCCUCCGGAAACUGAGAGACCGAUGGAUGCAUAUCCACUUGUUGACCAUAACAUGAGCAACGUCGUUGAUGAACCUCAUAUGGACGAAGCCAAGCCUGUCGACAUGCCUUCGAAUCCCGGUGCUCCUGACUUUGUUCGCGCUCGUUUACAAAGUCUGGAAGUCGACGAUGAUGAUGAAAAUCUUACUUUUUAG